CGAGAUGGCGGCCCUCGUGCUCCGGCGAGCCGUACUCUUCUGGGGCAAGGCUGGGGGUGUGAGAGUGUCCCGCGCAGCGGCAGGUUUCAUUUGAAAAACUGAAGCCCUAAUCACAAAUGUGCAUGAACAGAGACGUAUGGGGAGCAAAGUACAUGUUUGAUGCCAUGCAGAAGAUCUAUUCUUUCUGCAGCUUACGUGGACAGUUCAAAAUGGGAAGAAAGAGAAAAAGAGGUGCACAGCUUGGCGGAAUUGGCCACAUUCAUGGACAGAACCUAUGAAAGAAAGCUUCCUGUCAGCUCUUUGACAAUAUCACGGUUUAUUGACAACAUUUCUUCACGAGAAGAGGUGGAUCAAGCUGAGUAUUACCUUUACAAGUUUCGGCAUAGUCCAAACUGCUGGUACCUGAGAGACUGGACCAUCCACAGCUGGAUCAGACAAUGCUUCAAAUAUGGUGCACAGGACAAAGCCUUGUACACAUUAAAAAACAAGGUACAAUAUGGAAUUUUUCCAGAUAACUUUACCUUCAAUAUAUUAUUGGAUUAUUUUAUAAAGAAUGAAAAUUAUGAAGAUGCUGUGUCAGUAGUUACUGAGAUCAUGCUGCAGGAAAGCUUUGAUGAAUUCUCAAUACAGCUUCUCUCCCUCCAUGUCUUAUACCAAUACCUGGCAACCAAAUCAGAAUUUACAUGGGAAGAGGAGAGAAAUCUUGGAGCCUCUCUUUUGCUUACAGGCCUAAAACAGACAAACACUGUGGGUUUUAGCUCCCAGCUGUAUGGCUAUACAUUCCUUGGAAAAGUGGAGUUGCACAAAGGACUGCGAGCUGUGUACCAUCAAAUGCCACUGAUAUGGACACCGGGAUACUUGAACAGAGCUUUGCAAGUGAUGGACAAUGUGGCCUCUCUCCCAGGGGAUAUAAAGCUCUGCAAAGAAGCUAUUGAUGUUCUGGCGACGAUUUUGCAGUGUGUCCCUGAGGUAAAAACUGAUCCAGAACCAUCAGAAGAAGUCAAGGUAUCAGAACACAAGCCAAAGCAAAUGGAAUCUGAAGAAACUGAGCAGUCUAAACUGCCUGAGUACCUUACCCAAUUUAAAGAUCUGUAUUCUAAACUGCAUUCACUUGGCAAGGUUGAAUCUGAAAGCCUGUUGAUCCUGACCACCCAACUUGUCAAGGAAAAGCUGCCAGCAUGUGAAGUGGAAGACAUUGCAAAAUAUGAGCAGAAGCUAAAAGAAUGGGAACAGGAGCAAGCGCUUCUGGUGGAGAGAGAAAAAGAGAUGAGAGAGAAGGCAAAGCAGGAGCAAGCAGCUAGGGAAUUCGCUAAAGCAUCUGUUUAAUAUUGCAACUCAGAGACUGCAGUUAUGCUACAUAUUCUUCCGGUAACAAACUUAAGCACAUGUCAUUAUUAAUACUGCAAUGCAACCUUGCUGUAAGUGUAACAUUUGCUGUAUGCAAAUUAAACUAACUGAUCGUUUCCAUCCA